AGUGUGUUUGAGCAUGCUCAGUAGGCUCCUGUGGAGUUUGAUCCUGGGGCUGCAGUAGGAUGAUGGCAGAAGGAUCAGCUCUUCAGGUCCAUGCGGUCCGGUUCGGUCCAGGUCAGGAGCUGUUUGGAUGUCUCCAGACGUUCGUGGAGGAGAGGCGACUGCGAGCGCCGUUCAUCAUCACGUGUGUGGGAAGUGUCACCAAGGCAACGCUGAGGCUGGCAAACGCCACGGCAACAAAUACUAACGAGGUACUGCACCUCAGCGGUUGUUUUGAGAUCGUCUCCCUGGUCGGGACGCUCAACAGGGACGCACACGUCCACAUCAGCCUGUCGGAUUUAGAAGGCAGAACAAUCGGUGGCCACGUCCUCGGGGACCUGGAGGUGUUCACCACAGCUGAGGUGGUUAUUGGCGAGGCCGUCGACCUGCAAUUCAGCAGAGAGAUGGACCAGCAGACAGGAUUCCCUGAGCUGGUGGUUCAGACCCCCUCAAAGAUGGGAAAAUCUGCCUGACGGGAUCUAAAGCUUCUGUCUCAGAUAGAGAUGCAUGAAGGUCUUCCUAUAUAGAAGUUCUUCUGUAAAGCUGGGAAUCUGGAAAAGUCUUUGUUCUGUUCAGGAUCUGUAAUUUUUCACAUUUCCUCAUCAAGCUGGAGCUCCUUCUUCAUUCUUUAAAACUGUCCCACAUUAAAUCACUCUGGGCUUUCCAUAAAUUACCUACACUUAAUGAGGAAAUGUCGGUUCAGGACGGAUUUCAAUUUAAAACAUGAACCCAAACGUCCUGAAGCCAUCAGAGCAGAACCUGAACCACAAUAAAAAUAUUCCUCCCUUUUAAAUGACAUUUCUCUGUAAUAAUUGUACUUUAGUGUUUCUGCUCAGUUGGAAACCGUUACCAUAGAAACCCAGAUGAAAUAAAAUCUACAGAUUAGAAGCUU